AUGUUUGAUUGGUUUUACUCCUAUGUGCUAAUUAAUACAUUAACUAGCAUUCACGUAACAUGAAGUUAAGGUGGUUACGAAUUCAUGAAUUCAUAAGAUUUGACAGCAUGUGUAGAAUUUGCUUACAGCUAGGAAUGUUAGGAAUAUCUUUGUGCUGCUCAGGGGAGAGUUUAGAUUGGGCUUUCUGGUGGAGUUUCCUCUGCAACAGGAAGCUGAUUUCCUGCUUUAGUUGUGAUGUCCUGCUAGGGGGCUAAUGGAAGAUCAGGUCAGUCCUGCCCACCCACACACAAACACACACGUAUAUUCAUUUACACACUGCCAGCUGACAUGGAUUAUGAGCCCAAGAAAAUUAAGAAGGGGUUUGUUUUACCGAUUAAGCGCCUGGUCUUCCCAAAGUUGGCCCGGAGGCAGACGGACAGGGGCAGUGCCUACCGCAGGCCUCUGCACACGGUGCCUCUUUACCCACCAGACUUUCUCAUCCAUCCUGAACGCCUCAUCUAUGACUAUGUGGAAAAGGAAGUGAAGGUCAGUAGCUCAAUGAACAAUGGCACAUUGUCUAAGAAGCAAAUACAUCGCAGUGAUAUCAAAUUCAACCAGUUUCUGGGUCAUCUGACAUGGGUGUCUUGCUCCCUAAACCCCUCCAGUAGAGACGAACUACUGCAGCUUCUGGACACCGCCAGGAAGCUGAAGGUCCUGCCGCUUCAGACAACAGUGGAGCAGGACUGCAUUCUUAGUCUCUCUGCACGCUGUCUGCUGCUCACGUGGAGAGAUAAUGAGAAACUCCUGCUGCGAAUCCCCACCCAUGAGAUAGCUGCUGCCUCCUACCUGCGAGACGAUGCCCUGCACCUGCUGGUGCUCAAAACAGGUCUGAAUGUGGACACCAUUAUAGCUGGGGACAGCCUUGAAAGAAGGCCUACUGGUCUAGAAGGCCGCAGACAGACAAUGAGUAAUGCUGACCCUCGGCCUGCAGGGGGAACCAUGGAGCGGCGGCAUACAAUCUGUGGUGUUGACUGGAAGCCGUUGUCUCGCCACGAGUCAAAGCAGAGUGGCACCAAUGUGGGUGGAGUAGGGUCUGCAGGUGGAGGAGGAGGCGGCAACGGUGGAGGUGGCAGUCUGGAACGGAGACAGGUCGGAGGCAGUUGGGAGCGACGCCAAACCCGCAAGCCGUGUGGAGGAAGCUGGGAGAAGAGACCCAUGAGCGGGAGCUGGGAGAGACGGCUCGUAGGAGGCAGCUGGGAGCGCCGGGGUCCUGUGGGCAAAGGUGGAGGGGGUGUGGGGGGCAGCUGGGAAAAGAGACACGGAUCUGGGGGGAAAGCAGGAGGCAGCUGGGAGAGGAAGCAUGGGCAGGGGGGCAGCUGGGAGCGCAGGCAAGCCUUCAUGGGAAGCUGGGAGAGAGGCAAGGCAUAUGGAAGUUGGGAAAGAAGGAACUACAAUCCACUGGAGCCCACACCAUGCCCUGAUGCUUACUGCAACCUGGUCGUACUGGCUGUGGAGAACAGGGAUGCUGCAGAGGAAUACUGUGCUCUCAUCUGUCAGAUGUUUCAAAUCAUAUACGGACACCAGACCAUCGAGUGCGUGGACAGGGCAGGGUAUCACUACACUAUGCCUGACCGGUACUGGCUACAGAGAAGUGACAGCUGUCUGACAGACAUGACGUAUAGCUACGACACGGACUUCAGCUGCUGCAGCUCCUACGAUGGCUCUCAGUAUGCCUUCGAACCGUACUACAGUGAGAACUACAGUGAGAAUUCGUCUCUUUCUUAUCAGGACUCGCACCACAGCCUGGCGUCCAUACACAGUGACUCGGAACCCAGUAACACAAGCCUGCAGCUAAUGCAGGAGUACAUGAUUACGCUACGCAAUAAGCUGUCCCCCCAGGAGAUCCAGCAGUUUGCUGUGUUGCUGAGGGAGUACCGCAUGGGCGCUCCCAUAGACCAGUUCUGCUCGGAUCUGCUCCAGCUCUAUGGAGACUCGCGCAAGUUCCUCCUGCUCGGUAUGCGUCCCUUCAUCCCUGACCAGGACAUAGGAACUUUCGAGACAUUCCUGGAAAGCAUUGGCAUCCGCGAGGGCGGGAUUCUGACGGACAGUUUUGGGCGGAUCAAGCGGAGUAUGAGCAGCACGUCGGCCACGGCUGUGAGAGGCUACGAAGGAUCAUAUGACUUCAACAGUAGGAUGAGUGACAUCACACACGACAUCGAAGCCCUCGGAUUCGAGGAGGGCGAUGGAGACAUCGAGGAAGAGGACUACUACCUCUGAUUCAUAACAGUAAAGUCAUUGCUAAGGAGGAAUUACUAAGAAUUUUCAACAUGUGAUUUUUAUGUACUUAUUUAAGAUUCCUGUUAUAGGACACGGGAAGGUCUUGUGUUUUCAGAGGCUUCUCCAACAUUCUGCCUCCUCAGGUGGAUUGAGGGGGAGGCAGAAUAAACAACUAUGUGUCUUGUAAAGAUACAGAAGAAAACAAAAUGUUCUGAUCUUUAAUCUUGAUUAAUGUUCUUACUUUCAUAUGAACUGGAAAUAAAUCCCUUUUGCACAUUUUCCAUUUUUUUCAUCGAGUAUCUGAUUACCUACAGUGUGUAAAUGUGUAAUACCAACUACAGUUUUAAAUAAUGUCAACAUACAGUCAUAGGCCUAUAUUUAUUAGUAGUUCCCCUUGUGGUUAGUGGUUAGCAGGCCCUAGUUAACUACUUAUCUCUUGUAUUAGGAAGUUACAUGCCGGAUGUACCAACUACCAGCCCAGUACACACGCACACACACCACUGUGUGGAGGAUAGGAUAUGUUUUGGUAAAUGUUUAUAUCUUCAGUAUAACUGACAUUAAGAUAUGAUGGAGCACGUGCACUGAGCUCUGAGAGCCGAGCAGAAUCUGAUAUAUUGUCCUAUUAAAGCCACAUUUUAUAUA